AUGUUAAGUACCCUCCGACGCGCCAAAAUCUAUUCCCAUAAAUCCGAAAUGGCCCAGCCAAUUGAGGAACGCAAGGUUCACGAACCGAAUUCCCUUCCUCGGGAACUGUCUUCAAGCUCAGAUUUACGUGACAACAAAAGCGACUUGGCGGAAUCACACCAAAGCCAACCAGAAUUCCGUCGAGGCUGGUUUCACUGGCAUGAGCCAGGAACAUCCAAAGCCGACAAAAAACUCAUUUUCAAGCUCGAUUGGUUUCUUCUUAGCUACAGCUGUCUCUGCUUUUUCAUCAAGCAGCUGGAUGGAAAUAAUGUCUCCAAUGCCUACGUCUCCGGUAUGAAAGAGGAACUUGGAUUUGGACCAGGCAAUGAAUUGAGCUGGAUGAACACCUACUUCAGCAUUGGCGCAAUAUUAGGAGGACCAAUCUCGAACCUUGCACUGACAGUUGUUCGACCGCGAUUCUGGCUCCCCAGCUGCUUAUUUGCUUGGUCGCUCUUUGUACUAUUUUUGUACAAAUGCAACAAUGCACCGGCACUCUACGGUCUUCGAUUCUGUAUUGGAUUUUUUGAAUCAGCAGCCUGGCCUGGGAUUCAAUAUGUUCUCGGAUGUUGGUACCGACGAUCUGAGCUCGCCCGCCGAAGCGGUCUCUUCGUCAUGUCUGGUGUACUGGGACAGAUGUUCUCGGGAUAUCUGCAAGCAGCGCUGUUCAAAGACAUGGAUGGCAAGGCUGGGUUGUCAGCUUGGAGAUGGCUUUUCAUCUUCGACUUUAUUCUUGCAAUUCCGGUUGUGAUCUAUGGGUUCAUAUUCUAUCCGGAUACACCUCAAAACCCCACCUCAUUUUAUCUUUCUGAUUGGGAAAAGAAUCGUGCCCGGGAGAGAAUUGAAGAAGAAGGCCGAACUCCCGUCGGAAAGCUGGACUCUACUGUUUUCAAACGCAUUCUGGGAUCAUGGCAACUAUGGACUUUUUCCAUCGCAUACGCACUCUGGUCACUUACUUGUGGGUCAUAUGUGAUGCAAUUCUUCGGCCUUUGGCUCAAGUCGCUCAAGACAUAUACCGUCCCACAGAUUAACAAUAUUCCAACUUCCAUGGGAGCUAUCAACUUUGUUUUCAUGAUUGGAACAGGAUAUGUGGCCGACAAGAUGGGUCGACGCGGGCCCGUCUGUUUCGCUGUUGGAUGCCUCUUAACAUUCUGCUUUGCUAUAUUGACAGCAUGGCCUGGAUCCAAUCAGUUGAAGAUGGCCGCUUUUAUCCUCUCGGGCUGUUAUGGUUGCUAUACACCCUUGCUUGCGGGUUGGGUCAAUGCAUCAUGCGGUGGAGAUCAACAACUACGAGCGUUUGUUUUGGCCUUCAUGGUCAGCCUUGGGUCCGCUGUUGUAAUUCCCUUCCAGCAAUUGCAAUUUCCCAGCGGACAAGCGCCAAAAUUCACCAAGACACAUGGCUGGGUUAGUGGGCUGUGUUUCGUUGUGGCAUUGAGUCUAUGGACUGGCUUUGGAAUCGACACUGUGGAGCGGAUUAUGACGCGUGGGAACCGCAAGGAGCGUAGGGAGGGCCCACAGGAGCUGGAAGACGAGGUGUGA